GUUCUAACAGAUUAUAAAAAAAAUGGGAUAGUGCGCUCCAAGUGCGCUCUCUUAUCCCUAUAAUAAAAUAUACUUUACUCUUUGGUUUGUUUAUAGAAAUUCUGUCAAGUUUCAGCGUAGAAAUUUUUGCAAUUUUGUUUUCAAUAAAAGGCAAACUUUAUUAAAUUUUAUGAAGCGGGAUUUGUAUCGGCUUUUUAACCAGUUGCCUGUAAUGGCUAGUUUACCACCCCGCAAAUUCUCAUCUUCUAGCUGUAGCAGUUCUAAACAUGAAACUACACCGAUACAAAUUCUUUUGCAAAUGGGAUUUUCUAGGCAUAGAGCUUUAAAAGCUUUAGCUGCUACAGGCAACCGCAGUGUGCAAUUGGCAUCUGAUUGGCUUUUAACACAUGUAAAUGACACUCACUUGGAUAUGAAUGAGCCUCGAGAAUACAUCUUCUAUGCUAGUCCAACAGGGCCUUUAUUAACACAACUUCUUGAAUUCUGGGAGAAAUCUAAAAAAGUGUCAGGGUGGAACGGAGCACACAAUUACCCACCUCAUAUUACAUUAGUAUCCUUUUUCAAAGCGCAGGAUGAAAGUUCUCUUCAAUUAGCAAAAGCUGUAAAAAAUGCUGUUGAAAAUGUGGGUGAGCCUCCAAACUGUCCUCUAAAGGUGGAGCCGUAUAUAUCACAAAAUUUCAUGGGUUUAUUUUUAUCUGAUGAACAUGCUGAUUACUUGAAAAGAAUUGCUGUCCAGUAUGUGAAACAGGUGUCAUCUGCAUCAAUAAACCUGGAACCUCACGUCAAGUCACUACAUAUAACGCUGGCUUAUCACUUCGACGUGAAGGUGUACGAUGCAUUAAAGGCCCUCGUAGACGAAAUGCAGCCAUUUCAACAGGCGGAAUGGGAGCUGCGCUUGUAUUCUAGGGACCCGCGAUUCGUGUACAAAGUCACUCAAGGCUACGAGCCGAAAGCAAACGAUGAACUUGAACUAGUGCUCGGCGAUUAUAUCUACAUAAAAGAGGAAGAAAUCAACAGUACUACAGACGGUUGGCUUCAUGGAACGUCGUGGUUGACAGGAGUCUCUGGCUAUCUGCCCGCAGUAUACACUCUCCGUACGGCAGAAUCGGACGCUUGGACACUCCACCGCGCUAUGUCGUUGACCAGCAGUAAUAGUGGUGAUUGUAAAUCAGAAUCAGAUUCUAAUAAUGACGGUGAAAUGAGUUUUCCGCAUGAGGAUGCCUCAAUGUUGGGCAAUGAGAAAUCGCAGGAAACUUUCAAAGAGUGGGAUAACUAUUGGAACACUGUACAGCUGCAUAGGACUGACGGUAUAUUGAAUGUGACGCAAGGUAGUAGUAUUGACUGGCGAACAACCGCCGUAAGUGAUGCUAAGGAAUCAGAAAAAGAUAAGAAAAAACGCUGGGUGUUCGCAAUGCGCCACGGGGAGCGAGUUGACUUGACCUACGGUCACUGGGUGCAGUACUGCUUCGAUGAGAACGGUACAUAUACACGAAAAGACCUCAACCUUCCCCUGACACUGGGUGAACGUUACAAGCCGCUCGUAGAUCUAGAUAUAAAUACGACGGAAACAUUAGAAGAAUUCUAUAACAGAAAUGAAAAAGUGAUGUAUUCGGCUGUGAACGAAACCGAAGCUUCAGGGGACAACGUUAUAUUCGUUGGACAUGCAUCUACACUAGACAUGGCGUCGUUCGCGAUAAAACGUAUAGAUCAACCGGCGACUGAAGGAAAAUCGUAUCAGAUCAGUAAACAGUUGUUGAGAGUACCGUACUGUGCUCUGGCAGCGAUGAGACCGAACCCUUGGCGGCUAGUAGGACCCCCGUGUCCGCCUUCCAUCAAUUCUAGCUCAGGCAGAUUCGAUUGGACGAUACUAGAAGAAGACCUUCACCAUUAAAGUUUAAUAUUAUUUACAAAUUUUAGCAAAACCGAGAACUGAAUGUGGUCGGCAUAUUUUUUUAUUAUAACAUAUUUGAAAACCAACGACUGCUUACUGCUCUAUUAUCUAUACUGUACAUAAUAUUGGCAAUUAAAAUAUAUAUUUUAGAUCACAUAUAAAUCAGAUUUUAUUUGUGCAUAUUAAUUGGUUAAUAAAAUAAGAUUUGAGUGUUUGUAGUAAAGUGUUUAAUAUUCCUACGCUAUGAUCAUAUCAAAAUAUGCCACUACACAUGUCUCAUUAUUUUAUGUCAUGAUUAUUAGUACCUGAAUAUUUAGAUUUGUUUAUCGACGAUGUUCUUAUAAAAUUGUGAUUUACAUAGUAAUAUAUGAAUACAAAAAUUUCAAGGAGUGGAAAUAUCAUAAUUACUGGUUAUGUAUUGCUGAUUGUCUGAUAAAUUUUAAAAUACUACGUUUCGUAUAAAAUGGGUAAUUACUUAUAGGAAUUAGUAACUCGGUCUUCUUUUUACUAGACUGUAACAAAGGCAAGUAAAUCAACCAUAUUACUAUUAGUAGCGCAUAGGUAUGGCAGGAAAAUCAACUAUUAAAAUAUUACAUAGAUAAUCUGUGAUUUAUAACUAUAAUUAUUCCUUGUAUAGAGUAGUGACGGACUAUUACUAGCGGAUUGAGUCUGGAUAUGUCAUUCAGAUGUAAAUAUGUAACUCAAAUUGGAACUAUUAAGAUUUUUCUUUAAUGUGUUUUCUACUUUUAUAAUACUGUUUAAGAUUUAGUUGCUAAGGCUCCAAUUGAAUUUUAUAGAAUGAAUAAUGUACUUAUUAUAAGUGAAUCCUCCUGAAUUUUUAAGAGAAUUUAGCAUAAAAAAAUAAGACAUAUGAUAAAUGCCACUUGCUAUUAAACUCUUAUAAUUAGUUUCCAUUUUAGCUGCUUUACUAGACUGAUUUCUCCGCUUGGUCUUAUGAGGAUAAAUUCCCAAAAAAACUUUUUGUAUUAACUCAAUCAUCUGAAUUUAUGACAAUUCUUUCGUUUGGGAAUAUUUCCUUAUAAGAAGAGUCUAACGGUGCAAUACUGAGGGAAGAUGCGUCGCGUAAUAGUUGGUCACGGAACGUCAAAACUGAACAAUUACAUAAAAUGAUAUUCAACCUUCCAUCGCUUGUGCGAGGUCGAAUGUCAUCUUCCGUCCAAAGGUUGAAUGCUAUCUUAACCGUAGGAUCGGCACAUAUUAAUGCGUCAUGUGCCGUCUGUCGAGGAAUGUCAGAAUGAAAUAUUAAAUGUAACAUAGGUAUGAUUACAACUUAAAAACACUCAAUGGAUGAUCCGUCGCGUACUAAUGCAACGGCGAGAAGCUUGACAGGAAUUUUUUCAUUAUCAUUUUUUACAUGUAUAAAUUUAUUUUAUUUUAAUUUAAAUACUUGGCAGAUUAGCCAUUGAUAAGAAGAAGACGCUUGACAGAUCUUCCGUCAGAUUUGCGCCAAUCCUUAUGUGAGAUAAUUUUAGGUACCUAAUUGUGAUAUUAUUUUGGAAAAUAAACUAUUGCUAAUAUUA